GCCGCACACCGCUGUUGCCGUGUAUGUGGUCGGUGUAUAGGGUGAGUGUCUUUACGGUGAACGGGAGAAGAGCUUUUUUUGACCACCUUCGUUCCCUCUUCGGUCAUUUGGGCAGGAGUGGAGGCUUGUGUAUCGUCAUGAUGAACAAAACUGUGACUAGGCAUCCAAAGCUCCGUGUUAUGCAACCGCUGACCUACUAACACACAUUCGAGGACGACGAGAGGAGCAAGUGUGUGUGUACGUGUGUGUAAGAGAGGAAAACUGGAGCAAAGCCUCCGACAUAACACAAGGACGAAGAGGGAGGGAGAGAUAGACGGCGAAUAGCAGCACAUUCAGGGAGUCACAUUAAUCGACACAAAGCCGGUGAGUGGAUCACGUCCCACGCGAGACAUUUUCAGCCCAGACUGAAGUUAUAAAAGGAAGAACGAGCAGAAUCGGGACGAGAGACCGCAUAUAGAGACGCAGAGGAGCGAUUUAUUGAAGAAUAAAAGAGGAUUCUUCCGUUUAACGAAAGGAAUGUGCUAUUUCACUUAGAUCUGUUCAUCAAAGACUGGGAUAAAACAUUGAGCUGUGACGGAUCUGAUGAAUGAUCAACAUCUUUCGGGGUGCUUGGAAAAAGAAAGUUUAUUCUUCAACAGCAAUCCCAGCCUACACUGCCACCUCACCCAUCAAGAACAAGGACAAAUUAAACUGUCUAAAUUAAGAAAGAACUAAAAGCAAGCUAAACAAAAAAGAAGACUAUCCUUACUAAACUAAACUUGUAACACACCUAUCCAAUGACGGUUGUUUUUGUUGCCUUUCAUCUUUUUCUUAUCUUUUUGACCAGUCUGGACACUUGAAAGGUUUGAAAGACUGGUUAGAGUAGGAGGAAAAAGGCAUCAAUCAGAAAUACGUACGGUUCCUCUUUGGAGGAAAAACAGAACCUCGUACAUCAUUGUGCAUACUGACAAUUAAGUGUGUUUUUGAAGUGUGAAUCAGAAACAAACACUCUUCAGUAUUACAACAUUAAUUUUCAAUGUCCACUGAGUGCCAGUUAUACAAACUGGCCUUAAUAGGAUCACAAUGGAAAGCCUAAAUCUUCCUACCCAAAACAACGAUUCCAGUUUGGAAACGUUAGAAACCUUCUCAAACUACAGUGAGAGUUUACCAUCACCUCAAAUCACCAGCCCUCCUCGUCAAGGCCGACUAAUAAAACCAAAACCCAACACGACCUGUCGGCGAAAGCGGGAGUUCAUCUCAGAUGAAAAGAAAGAUGCAUCCUACUGGGAAAAGCGUCGCAAGAAUAACGAGGCUGCCAAAAGGUCAAGGGAGAAGCGCCGGCUCAAUGAUAUGGUGUUGGAGAACAGGGUAAUGGCACUGAAUGAGGAGAAUGUGCGGCUGAAGACAGAACUCUUGCAAUUGAAACUAAGAUUUGGACUCAUAAGCUCUGCCUCUUACAUGGAGAAGACACAGCAGAUCAGCAAUGCUAUUGAGGCAGCGACUAAUGAAGCUAAUGGUACCGGAGCAACUUCCGGAAAUCCAUAUUACUCAAGCAGUGGAUACUCCAGUGCUUCUCAGGUCAUGAUGAACUCUGAUUCCUCAGAGGCUGAGCAGCCGACCAGGAGUGAACGCCACACAACGUUACUCAAGUACUCCCCCCAUGGAUCACUGUCUGACAUGUCUGAUGGAUCUUCACGGGACAGUCCUGAACCUAUAAACUUUGACAUCAAACACGAGAGCUCUGGAAUGGACAUUAACAGGCUUGAGGCAAGUGUUCUUAAUGGCAUGUUCAAUGGCCAUCAAAGUCUUGGACGACUGGAGAAUCACCAAGCGCAAGAAAUGGAACACCAAGAAGGUGUCAACAACCCAGCCCCUCCUUCCGCCACACCCCAAAGAAGCGUCAUUCUCUUUCGUUCCAGAAGCAGCUCCUACCCUGUUGAGAGCCAAAGGGUUGAGGACAUGGAUCAGCAGGUGGCUUCCCAAACACAACAGAAUGGGCAAAUCACUCAUUUUACUCAAACAGGGUGCAAUCUACCAAUAAGACCUGAUGGUUUAGAGACUCUUUCAGAGGUGGCACAGCAGCUGGCCAGGAGGUCUUUGGAUUCACCAAGCUAUGAAUUCAAGGCAGAUGCCAGGGAGAGCAGGCGGUUUGUCAUACAGCAGCAAGACCUGAGCAUUCAAGGACAAUGCAGAAGUCAGGUUCAAGAGGGCACUCGAAAUUCUUUUGCCCCAGAUUUGCUCAACGAGGCUGGAAAAGCCCACAUAUACCAGCGGUCCAGUCACUACCUCGGCAUUCUGAACGAGGAGCCACCAGUGCUAACGUAUGAAGGUUGUCCAAAAGCAGAUGGCUUCUACCAAGAGCACUCCUCCUCAGGCAAGGACACCUCCUCUAGCGACGGAGACCCACGCAGCUCAGAUAAGGAAGCCUCCACUGACGAUGAAUCUCCCUCAUCCUCUUCCUCUGAUACUGGUGGAUAUCAUGCCAUCCACCAGUCAGCAUCCUCACCCACCAUGGUCGCCAGUGAUGCUUACCAGUACGGAGACAACCAAGGUGAAAUGAAAGGCACUGCUCUGCCACACAAGCUAAGGCUCAAGUAUAGAGCACUAUCUAACGGUGGCUCCCAAGACGUCCUGGCUACAACAGUUGCUACGUCACCCGAUUCCGCUCUGCCUCAGCACCCGUACCUGGCGCUAGCGCAGGUUAACCAGCAGCAAGGCAGCAGCUCUGGAAGCAAGGAAGGGGAGAGUGAGACAGCAGAUGAACUUUGCACACAACAGUUUCCUUCCAGAGAGAAGGAAGAGGAAUGGAAGGAAAGCGGGAAGAGGAGCUCAGGAGGAAGAGGUAGCAGAAACAAGAAAUGUGACUGAAACUGGCACAUCGCAUCCUUUAAUAGAGUUAAGACAGGACUUGAUAAAUGUCACCUUUACCAUCCAUAGAAAGAAAAAUGAAAAUGGUACCAAUUAAUUGCAUGAAAGUCUAUUGCUUAUACGUAACAACAACAACAAGAAAGUAACUCGUGUUCUUGGUCUGUUUUCUUAUCAAGAGCGAUUCUGUGACAUUUUAAUGCAGCUCUGUUCUAUCACUCUCUUUCAUAAGCACUUAACUGUAACUCAAAGAAGUUACGAAGAGGAAAUCAA